CUCAGUUUGGUCAUGAUCAGGGUUCAAGUCUGAGCACAGACCGGAAACGGAAACCUCGGCGGACGGAAGUUGCAGCCUCAGAAUCGGAAGUAGCAACCUCAAACCCGGAAGAAAGAGAUUAGCGUCUUAAACCCUGGGUUUGCACAGUGAUCUUGGAUCGAUGAGGGGAUCAGAGGAGUGGAUUUAGAGCAAUUAACAAUCAUAUUUACAUUGUUAAUCCUUGGGAUCGAUUUAAGAUGAAUGAAGCAAUUGAGAUAUCUUUAAAGAUUGUGUUCUGAAUCCAGUUCAAGAAAUAUAUAUAAUAUAUAUGUAAGCUCUGGAUGUUUGUUGUAAAGAGUUGAUCUAGUGGAUGUAGAGGUUGCGUGAAUAUCUUAAGCAAUCAGUCAAUAGAAUGUUCAACAAGGAAGAAUUAAAUUCAGGAUGUCCAAGUACUGCAUGUUUUGGGUGUGGAAAGAAUAUUUUGGACAGGUUCCUACUCACUGUACUGGACAAGACCUGGCACGUAGACUGUGUAAGGUGUCAGCAGUGCGGGGAUUCUUUAGAACAAAAAUGUUUCUCAAGAGAUGGAAAUAUAUAUUGUAAAGACGACUUCUACAGGCUGUACGGACCUCGAUGUGGAGGAUGUUUGGAAGGUAUAUCUCCUACAGAUAUGGUUAGAAGGGCCAGAGAGAAAACAUAUCAUCUUGCUUGCUUUACAUGCGCGAUAUGCAGGAAGCAGUUGUCCACUGGAGAGGAAUUGUUUUUCAUUGACAGAGAUAGAUUUAUUUGUAAAGACGAUUUCAAUAAUAUUAAAGCACAAGAAUAUGGAUACUCUGAUGAUGAAGACGACCUGGAGGAAAAGAUAUGUUCUCCGUCCCUCACUUCGUCCUGUGUCACCCCCCUCCCUGCCUCCCUCCCCCCCUCCCUCCCCCUCCUCCACUCCCCAACCACUCCCAAGCUGAUGGAGUCCAACAACAACACUAUCAGCUCCUUGGAGGCAACAGGGAACAGUAUAACAAAAAUUAAAACAGAGGACGGAGAAUACGGAGAUCAGGACGGGGAUCUUCAGGACAAACUAGAACAGGACAAUAGAUCACCAGAUCCAGAUCCAGGAGGAAAGAGAAGAGGACCAAGGACAACUAUAAAAGCAAAACAAUUGGAAAUUCUUAAAACUGCAUUUCAACAAACUCCAAAACCAACAAGGCAUAUAAGAGAACAGUUGGCUAAGGAGACGGGAUUAAGUAUGAGAGUAAUUCAGGUUUGGUUCCAGAAUAAAAGGUCUAAGGAGAGAAGGAUGAAACAAUUGUCCUCAGGAAUGAUACCUAGAGGAUUUUUCGGAGGUCCGUUCGGAGAUUUUGGAUACGGAGGCAGAUUUCCAGGUCAUCCAGACUUCUUUCCACCUGGUCAUUUAUCCUUUCUACCCGGUCAUCCAGGAAUGCCUGGCAUGGAACAGCCUCUACCUAUGACAGGUUGUCCUGAUCAGUUCCCCUUACCAACAAGCUUAACGGAUAAAAGCAUGUCAGACCAUCAGUUUAUGUCCAGUAAGGGCAUGUCAGAUAUGGUUUAUGGCAUGUCACAGGACAGCAUGGACGGGUUCAGCAUGUCGAUGGACAUGCAAAGACUUCAAAAUGAAAUUCAAAACCAGAGAGACUUCGUUUCAGGAUGUAAUGGAGAUAUAUCAGAACAGCUGGACUGGACAAAUACGCCAUCUUGGAAUAAGGAUUCACCAUCUUGGAACAGAAAACAUAAACAAAACUAGAUUAUUUUCCGCCCUUUCGAAAAACGGAUAAACGAUCGACUUGAUACAAGGAUCCACCAUCUUGGGUCGAGUAUCCAUCAUCUUGGAAUAAGAAUCCGCCAUCUUGGAACAAGAAUCCGCCAUCUUGGAACAAGGAUCCGCCAUCUUGGAACAAGAAUCCGCCAUCUUGAAUCAAGAAACCGACAUCUUGGAUCCCUCAGCAAAUUUGAAAAUGUUCGAACAAAGCAGAGUUAAAAUGCUGCUGAAACUGAAUCAAAAUUUACAACUUAGUGAUAUCCACUUGAUAAUAAAAAUACAUGUUAUGAUCUAGAAAAAGUAACAUCUAGUCAAUAUUUGUGUAAUUUUCGUCUUUCCCAUAUUUUUAGUUAUAUAAAAAUUGUUACUUUA